AUGAGCUGGUACCUCUCCAGAUCAAGCCUUGGUUGGCAGACAUGGCAUUUGCGACAGUCUUACCAGCCACUGGGCUAUUCAACGAUUCGACAUGCAUCCCUAAACUCAGCUAUUGGACGUGGCAUUCGCAGAUCCCCGGGUGCAGAAUCCUCGCGGGCCAGACCCUCCGCCGUUGAGGACGGCCGCCGAAGGUUACGAAGGACAGACUCCAAAAGGUUUCCAGAUAGCGGCAAUGCGAAGAGAACCACACGACCCACGACUUUUGAGUACGAUAAAGAUGAAUUCAUCCGGACGGGGAAUUUCCGGACUCGAAGUCGUCAGCCACAAGGUCGCGAUCAGUCAAGAUGGAAUCAAGAGACGCGACAAGGAACAUGGAACACAAAAACCGGAUCACAGCCGUUGGGGAAAUCCAAGUAUCCUGAAACAAAGUCUCGCAUUCAUCGAGCCACAGAAAGUAUGCCAGAACGAGUGAAAGCGAAUGUCAAAGUCCCCGACUCAGUUCCCUACACCAGCCCUGCAUCCGAGUUCAUCUACGGUACGAGUGCCGUGGAAGCUGCGCUGCGUUGCAGUCGUCGUCAGCUGUACAAGCUGUAUCUCUAUCAAAAUGCCGGAGAAGAACUUGGCGCUGCUAAGGUGACUCUUCGAAAACUAGCGCUGUCGAAAAAUAUUGGAAUCAAGCUAGCGUUCGCUGGCUGGGAUCGACUCUUGGACAAGAUGAGUGCCGGCCGGCCGCACAAUGGAUGCAUUUUGGAGGCGUCGCCCUUGCCUAAGCUGCCUGUUCGUGCCCUUCAGUCUGUUCUGAACAUGACGGAGAGCCAUUUCCGGGUUGAGCUGGCCGCGCAGUCGCGUGAGGAAGCUGCAGUCAACGGUACGAAUGAUAAAAUCCCAAUACUUCAUCCAUCCGCUCCCUCGCCGGGACAGCCGUCCCACCGGUACCCUGUGACCCUGCUUCUGGACGGAGUUGUGGAUCCUGGUAACCUUGGUGCAAUUAUUCGUUCUGCAUACUACCUUGGGGUUGACGCCAUUAUCUUUGCGGGUCGCAAUUCCGCUCCUCUGUCGCCUGUCACGAUUAAAGCAUCUGCCGGAGCCGCGGAGAACAUGGCUCUGUUUCAGGUCAAAAACGAAGUUGAAUUCAUCCAGCGAUCCAAGGAUAACGGAUGGCGGUUUUAUGCUGCCGAUGCGCCCGGUAUUGUUGCCAACUAUCUUGACCGGCACUCAAACGAUAGUGAAUCGGGCGCCAUGAGAAUUCCCACCCUGCAGGCACCAAGUGUGCUGAUGAUGGGCAGUGAGGGAUCUGGUCUGAGCUCCCACAUCAAAUCACAGGCAGAUGCGAUCGUCAGCAUCCCCGGUGCUCGCCACAGUGCACAUCUAGGGGUGGAAUCUGACCCUGCACGCAUCGACAGCCUGAACGUGAGCGUAGCGGCAGCACUACUGAUGGAGAUGUUUUUGCGUACUCCUCUCGCCAUGUCCUCUCCAGCGAAGGGCAAAUCGAAGAUGUGGUAG